AUAAAAGAUACGUAAAAGAUGAAAUCUCACAAUUUAUUUGAAAAAUAACAAUUUUUUAAGGCAUUUAAGGAUACUGCGAAUGAAUCAUUUGACCUUCUCAUUUAGUACAUUUCCUGCAAAUUUUAACAUUUGCAUUUCUCAAAACUGGAUAGUAUUCGUUUCAGAUAAGAUGUCUGGCUCAGGACAUAAGCAUCGCUACAAGAACACUGCUUUGGAUAGUGUUGAACUAAGAAGACGUAGGGAAGAGGAGGGUAUACAGCUCAGAAAGCAGAAAAGAGAUCAGCAGUUGAGUAAACGGCGAAAUGUUAAUGUUAAUCAAGUACUACCUGAAGAUGACCCGUUGCAGGUUGAAGGAGACAUGUCUUCUCCUGUAGUUCCGGCAAUAUCUCAAGAAAUGGUACAGGAUUUAUAUAGCUCAGAUCCUGAAUUACAAUUAGCUGCCACACAGAAGUUUAGGAAAUUAUUGAGUCGUGAACCUAAUCCUCCUAUCGAUGAAGUUAUUCAAACUGGUAUUGUACCUCGGUUUGUAGAGUUUCUACAAAACACUACCAAUUGCACGCUACAAUUUGAAGCAGCAUGGGCAUUAACUAACAUUGCUUCUGGGACAUCUCAGCAAACUCGGAUGGUAAUCGAUGCAGGAGCGGUUCCAAUUUUUAUUGCAUUGUUAGGCAGUCAGUAUGAGGAUGUUCAGGAACAAGCUGUUUGGGCACUUGGAAAUAUCGCAGGAGACUCGGCGGAAUGUAGAGACCAUGUUCUGGAUUCGGGCAUUCUAGUUCCUUUACUUCAGUUACUGGCUAAAUCUUCUCGCAUUACGAUGAUGAGGAACGCAGUUUGGGCAUUGUCAAAUCUGUGCAGAGGCAAAAAUCCUCCCCCGGAAUUCUCCAAGGUGUCUCCUUGCCUUCCUGUUUUAUCCCGGUUACUGUUUCACACUGAUCCGGACGUGCUUUCCGAUGCCUGUUGGGCAUUAAGUUACUUAUCAGAUGGACCAAAUGAAAAAAUACAGGCAGUUAUAGAUGCGGGCGUGUGUAGAAGGUUAGUUGAACAUCUGAUGGCACCUCAGCCCAAUGUAGUUUCAGCAGCACUGAGAGCUGUAGGAAAUAUCGUCACCGGUGACGACGUACAGACUCAGGUUAUCCUGAAUUGUGCGGCUCUGCCCUGCUUGCUGCACUUACUGUCAUCCACCAAGGAAAGUGUGAGAAAGGAAGCCUGCUGGACUAUUAGUAACAUAACUGCCGGAAAUAGGUCACAAAUUCAGGCUGUCAUCGAUCACAAUAUAUUCCCCGUUUUAAUAGAAGUCCUGUGCAAUGCCGAAUUCAAAACCAGAAAAGAGGCAGCCUGGGCUAUUACUAACGCUACCAGCGGCGGCACACCAGACCAAAUAAGAUAUUUAGUGAAUCAGGGAUGUAUAGGGCCCAUGUGCAAUCUAUUGACAGUAAUGGACGCUAAGAUAGUCCAGGUGGCCUUGAACGGUUUGGAGAAUAUUCUCAGGCUUGGCGAACAGGAAUCCAGGGCUCAUAGUGGAAACAAUCCUUACGCCGUGCUGAUCGAGGAGUGCUAUGGUCUGGACAAAAUCGAAUUCCUCCAAUCGCACGAAAAUAUCGAGAUCUACCAAAAAGCUUUCGACAUUAUCGAACAUUAUUUCGGCACGGAAGAGGAAGAUACUAACAUAGCGCCCGCGAUCGACGCGAACCACGACCAGUACCAGUUCAGCUCGGACCAAUCGGUGCCGAUGGGCGGUUUUCAAUUCUAGACAACUACAAAAACCAAUUAAUAAUUGUUAAAACCCAUUUUAAAUUAUUACACACACCAAUGCGUCUGUCAGCGUAUCGAUUGAGACGUAUACAAGUUACGCCAUCUCGCGGUAGUUGUGAAAAUCGAGUCAAAACAACAAAUUACACAUAUUACUAUUAUUUUCUCUAUAUUUCGGUGGACAGCCGAAUCGAAAAACACUAAUUUUCUAUUUUCAAACUGUUUUGAAAGAAAAGGAAGAUUCAGUUCUGGUUUGUCGUCAUUUUCUAAUAAAUAAUUAUCAGCAAAUAGUUUGCCUUAACGUGUCGAUUUUUUGGUAGGAAUGGUCAAAAGUAUCGAUAUUUUUUCUUAUAAUUAUCCAUAAUGUAUUUUUUAUUAUCGUGGCAGUUGAAUUCACAAAACUAAGGAAGGAGUAUAUCGACAAAACUAUUGAGAUUACCUUUUUUACAUGUAAUAAAAUAAGAUUCACUAACUAAUAUUCUUGUUUUGUUAAAUUCAAAUAUACACGGUGAGUCUUAAAUAAGUGUAAAUAUUUUUAGGGGUAGUAUAUUUCGACCCCAGAAACACGAUUAUGAGGGUUUUAUUCGCGAAAAAAAAAUUUCAAUCUUUUUUUUUUUUAGUUAAAAAUCAUAAUUUCUUGAUAAUAUGGCAACCUAGGAAGUAGAUUAAGUUUACAAGAAAGAAAACCCAGAAAAGUUACUCAAAAUUUAAGCAAAUCCCAAUUCAAAGUCUGACAUGAUGUCUUUCCAGAAAUACUUCGCAUAAAACCAAACAACAUAAGAUAAACAUUGAAAAGCACAUCAAACUCGCGAAAAUUUAAAUAUGUCAACAUAAAAUUUGAUUAAAAGUGACAAAAAUGGUAUUUCAAAAUAGCGGCAAGACUUAGCUUUCAUCUACAAUGUAUUCCUUAGUUUUUAUCGAUGGUUCUUUUAACGAUGGCGGUUCAAUGUAGGGAUGGUCAUAAGUAUCGAUAUUUUUAAUAAUCGAUUUUUAGAAAAGGGACGAUGCCAACUAUCGAUACUUUUUUAUCUAAAAUAUUUUAACAAUUCUCAAUUUUAAUCACUAUUUUGAACAUGAGCGAAACUAUAAAAAUUUUAGGGAUUACAUAUAUCCACUUGUUUGUAUAGAAAAAACCAUGAUAAUACUAAUAAUUGAUGACGCUGUGGUGCAGGGGGAUGUAACUGACAUCCUUUUAUUUUUUUAAAGUCCACUAAGACGUUAAUUUGUAGACUUGUAUACUAGUAACUUGUAGUAAAAUAUUCGUAGAGCAAAAAAUUCAAUCAUUUAGGUUAACAGAAAAAAUAUUUCCCCUGUCAUAUUUCCUUAAAGAAUUUUAGGCGUUAAAGCAGCCAAAUAUCGUGAAAAUAUGGUUACAAGUAGGGAUGAUCAAGAGUAUCGAUUUUUUUCCAUUCGCCAAAUAUCGAAUUUUUAUCAACUGAUGUAUUAAAAGAUAAACAAAUAAAAAUAAUGAUCCUGUUACAAAUAUUGCUGUAUCUUUAUUAGAAAAUGGGAGAAAAAUCAGAGACAGUUCCUGUAGAGAUUGAAAAGAUUG